AUGCAAUCACAACAGCUGCCCCCAGCAAUGCAACAAAACCAUCGUCUUUCCAAUCCGAAUUUGAUGUCUCAGGGCGCUAUGAGUGCUGGCUCGCCUAUGACCAUGAACGGGAUGCCUCCACAGCCUCCACAACAACAGCAGCAGAUACCGGGAGGGAACCAACUGUUUGUACUACACCAGCAACAACAACAGCCUAUGUACGAUGCUCAAAGAAGACAAAUAGCAAUACAGCAGCAAAGACAAAUGAGUAUAGGACUGCAACAACAGCAACCGCAGCAACAGCAAAUGCCAUCAGGAAAUCAAAGGUCACCAUUGAUGCAAGAAUCUUCUCAACGGCAACAGGGCCAGCUACAACUGCUGCUGCUGCAACAACAACAACAACAACAACAACAACAAAAACAGCAUCCAGGUGGCGGACGACCAGGAAUACAAAGAACCUCAAGCCAAGGCAUAGGUGCCAAUGGAAUGCCUAUGGGAAUGCAGAAGAUCAAUGCCUUUGGACAUACCAACAUCCCUGCUCCAAACUCUGCUCCCCUUCCGAAUAGUAACAAUGCACAGCCAGGCACUUUUCCCCAGCAGCAGCAGCAACUUAAUUCAAAUCCCAACUUAAAUCCUAAUAUGAAGAUGAGCCAAGGACCUCCAGGGAUGAUGCAGCGACCCGUUUCCCAAAACCAGACUCGAAUGGGUCCUCCUCAAUCUGGCACCAGUGCCACUCCUCCUACGGUGUCUCAGGCCUUGCCCAUGAAUAUGCCGGGUAUGAUACAACAAAAUGGGGUUGUGAACAAUAAUAACAACAACAACAAUAAUAGCAAUAAUAUGCAAAUGGGUACUCCUCAGAUCGUGAAUAAGCAAGCCACGUCGAUGCCAUCUCAACAACUGCAACAAAUGAAUCAAAUGAUGAAGCCAAUGAAUCAACAAGGACAACAGCAGGCCCAACCUCAACCACAACCAGGAAUGAACCCAAGACAGUCACCCGCUUUAUUAAGAAGGCCGUUGCCUCUGCAGAAUCCACAGAUCCAGCAGGGCCAGCAGCAAACCCCACAACAACAACAGCAGCAACAAAAUUACCCACAGUUGCAACGAACAGGAACUUCUUCUAGCAGUGCUUCCAUCAAUAUCACUGAAAAGGAAAAGAACUUUAUGAUUGUUAAACGGAACAUUGGGAACUAUGCUGUAUUACGAAUUUUGGACUUGAUAGAAUUGAUAAGCAAUGAGUCUAUUGAAAACUUAUCGAGUCUUACAUAUUGGGAGCGAGUGAUUCAAAUCUACUGUCUUCCAGUUUCAACAUUCAAAUUGACUACGGCACCUACGAAAUAUUCUUCUAGUCAAGGUGCUCCAAUGAGCAACAGUAACAGUAAUAGUCCCAUAAGUUCCCUAACCAAUAAGACCGGAUCUUCUAAGCUGUAUGAUUUACCAGCUUCAGCACUUCCCAAGUUUUUUCUUUCAUGCAUAUCUGCUGAAACAGUUGCUAAAUUCAGCUUGAGUUUACCUGGGGUAAAACACCUGGUUUUAAAUAAUGGUUCAAUUUUCAUAUUUUCAAGCUUAUCAAUGACAUUCUUUUAUAAGGAUGGAUCAUUGGCUAAUGUUUCUGGCUCAUGCAGAAUAUUAUUGAGUCGACAUUUCAAGAUUGAAUGGAUUGAAUUGAAUUGUACCGAUUAUCAUGGAUCGAUGAGUUUUGAUGUGUUGGAAAGCAUUCCAAGUUCUCGUAGUUUCCAUGAGGCUUAUAAGAUGCUGGAAGCAUACAAAUAUGCAGUAAAUUGUGGACUUUCCGAUCAAGCUAUGCGGAUUCUUCAAAUAGGUGAUGUGAUGUCAUCCAUGAGUUCAUUGAUGGGGUUCUCUGUGGUGAAUAAUGUUAGUUCUCCAAUCAAAGCACUCGAACUUUUUAUGGAGAAUAAUAACAGCAGCAGCAACAACAACAGCAACAACAACGGUCCUACGUCUCAGUCCAAUCUAAUGGGCAAUUCACAAAUGAUAAAGGCUCAUUCGCAUAAUGGAAGUAACAACAAUACUCCCUCAAUGAGUCAUGGUAUUGCCAAUGGUAAGAUGCCUUCCAAACAACAAUUAGGAGAAGACUCAGUGUUAGAUGCAAUGGGAGUUUCACCGAAGACUGUGUCUAGCGAAGAUCCCACCAAGAAACGACAAAUGAAUCAAUAUAUCGGACAGAAACAUCUCUUUGGAUCAGAACACAAUGGUAGAAUCACCAGUUUCAUCAGAUUAGGGUAUCUACCAUCAUUAAUUUUCUAUGGACCUCCAGGAGUUGGUAAAACAACUAUUGCCAAAGUGGUUGCUAAAGAGGCCAAAUAUGUGUUUCUAGAGCUUUCAGCAACCAAUACUACUGUGAGUGAGUUGAGAGAGUUACGAAUGAUCAUAACCAAUGAAAAUAAAAAGAGACAACAACUGAAUAAUAAUAAACCAUUGCUAAAAGUUGUUGUGUUUGUUGAUGAGAUACAUCGAUUUUCCAAGUCACAACAAGACCUGUUGUUACCGUACAUUGAAGCUGGAGAUUUUACUUUUAUAGGAGCAACCACCAAUAUUACCCGUCUAGCUCCCGCAAUCUUAUCACGAUGUCAAUGUAUUGAAUUGGACUUAUUUAGUGUAUCUGAUUUACACCAGAUCAUCAAUCGAGCAAUGGUGUUUGAGAAUGUCCGCCGUCGAAUGGCCAACAAGCCAGGGGUAUUGCAAUUGACCAAUGAGAGUGUUGAAGCUAUAGCCAGCCAUUGUGAUGGUGAUGCUAGGAAAUGUAUCAAUUUGAUUGAGUUAUUGAGUAGUUUGUACAGUGGCGACACUUUGGAUCCUAACACUGAAAUCCAAGUGGUUAAUAUUGGCGAUCUUACGAAGUUAACCAAAGGUAUUGCUCAAGCUGAAGUGGAUAAAGGUGAUGAUGAUGAUAUUAGUCAAUUUUAUGAGAAUCUUGGUGAUUGUCUUUGUAAGAGACCUCCAAGGCAUAAACUACAGGGAAUAGCAGAUACCCCCAAUGAUGACCAUGUUGAUGUUGAACCACUGGAAUUGCUCUUUGAGAUCAAACUAUUAGACGACAGAACCGGUUCAUAUGUUUCUAUGGGAGAGAGUACUAUAUAUGAUGAAUUCAAGCACAAGACUAUUGCAGCCAAUGACGAGCAGGACUUUAGUUUGCAGAUGCAGGUUUCUGACGACAGUGACUUAGAAUUGGAGGCUGAGAUCAAUGACGCUGUUGAUCUUCAACUGUUGGAUCAACUCUACAAGAGGGACGAUUAUUUCUUGAUAAUGAGCAAUUUUUAUAUUCAGAAGUUGAUUCAGAGAAAGGAACCAAUCUCUUCCAUUAUCAAAUAUCUCAUGGUGUUCAAUGCAAAGUACGUUAAUGUUGAAGACUCCAAGUUGAUGAAUUUGGUCUCGACGGUACAACUCUUACAUCACGCGGAUGUAGACCUGGGCUCGCUCUUGGCCAAUGUGGUUGAAAUGCUCCUUAAAGCACCCAAGUCAAAUAUGGACGAUCCAAUAGUGUUAAUGCCGGGGUUAAUCGAGUACUGGAAGGCUCAAACAGUUGGAAGUAAAAAUCAACAACUGAAUGAUCAUUUUACCAUUGUGAGCUCACCUGAUUGGACGGUCGCCCUUGAGCAGAACAUUAAGGAACUAGAACUGAUAUUGAAGAAGAGGGAAGAUGAGAAUAGUCUUAGUUUUGAGAUCAAAGCUGUGACAGAAGAAGAAGAGGAAAAUAUGUAUAUAUGA